CCCAGCAUCCUCCGAGCUUGGGUGCCCGGGAUGAGCUUCACCCGGAGAAAGGGCUUCUACAAGCAGGACGUCAACAAGACCAGCUGGGAGCUGCCCAAGACCUACGUGUCCCCGACGCACGUAGGCAGCGGGGCUUAUGGCGCCGUGUGCUCCGCCAUCGACAAGCGGUCAGGGGAGAAGGUGGCCAUCAAGAAGCUGAGCCGGCCCUUCCAGUCCGAGAUCUUUGCCAAGCGGGCCUACCGAGAGCUGCGGCUGCUGAAGCACAUGCAGCAUGAGAACGUCAUCGGGCUCCUGGAUGUCUUCACCCCAGCCUCCUCCCUGCGCAGCUUCCAUGACUUCUACCUGGUGAUGCCCUUCAUGCAGACGGACCUGCAGAAGAUCAUGGGGAUGGAGUUCAGUGAGGACAAGAUCCAGUACCUGGUGUAUCAGAUGCUUAAGGGGCUCAAGUACAUCCACUCAGCUGGGGUCGUCCAUAGGGACCUAAAGCCGGGCAACCUGGCUGUGAACGAGGACUGUGAGCUGAAGAUCUUGGAUUUCGGCCUGGCCCGGCAUGCGGACGCUGAGAUGACGGGCUACGUGGUGACCCGCUGGUACCGGGCCCCCGAGGUGAUCCUCAGCUGGAUGCAUUACAACCAGACUGUGGACAUCUGGUCUGUGGGCUGUAUCAUGGCAGAGAUGCUGACAGGGAAGACUCUGUUCAAGGGGAAAGAUUACCUGGACCAGCUGUCCCAGAUCCUGAAAGUGACCGGGGUGCCAGGCGCAGAGUUUGUGCAGAAGUUGAACGACAAAGCAGCUAAAUCCUACAUCCAGGCCCUGCCACAGAGCCCCAAGAAGGAUUUCUCUCAGCUCUUCCCGCGUGCCAGCCCCCAGGCCAUAGAUGUGCUGGAGAAGAUGCUGGAGCUGGACGUGGAUAAGCGCCUGACGGCCUCGCAGGCCCUCGCGCACCCCUUCUUUGAACUCUUCCGAGACCCGGAGGAGGAGACAGAGGCCCCGCAGCCUUUUGAUGAUUCCCUAGAACAUGAGAAACUCACAGUGGAUGAAUGGAAGCAGCACAUCUACAAGGAGAUCGUGAACUUCAGCCCCAUUGCCCGGAAGGACUCACGGCGCCGGAGCGGCAUGAAGCUUCAGUGACCCGUCCAGCCGGACCCCUGGCUGAGCCCAGGGACCGCCGCGCGGCACCGCCGCCGGAUGCUGCCCCAGGACCGAUACCUGCUUGUCACUACUAAGGUCCGGCCCUUCUGGGAUGACCGCCUUCCGGGCGGAGGAGAGAGGGGCCUUGCCCGGGUGUAGGAAACGGGCCUCGUGGCUGCAGAAUUCAGAGAUUUUGGGUGGGAGAAAAUAGCUCUGAUCGCAACCAUCCACAUUAAAACAUCCAUUUGGAGACUCGCCCA